AUGACGCCUGUGUAUAAACUCAAGUCCGGACAAUCGAAUACCAGCCGGGUGUCAUUUGACCCACCGCUUUCGGGGUAUGAAGAAGUCAAACCCCAGCUUUUGAGUAUGAAGGCGGAGGCUCAGGAAGGUCUCGGUAUGCUCAAAGCUCCCCAAAUAACCGCACUCCGGAUUCCUUGCACAGGUGUAUUCGCAGGAAUCCUUUUGUUCGCAUACUUCUAUUUUCUUUCGCCACCAGCGCCUGAUACUACAUUCCUCUCUGUACCUGUCACCACUGUGGAUGCAUUCUUCUCCCCAGCGCAUGUGUUUAGAAAUACCACUUGUACAUGUGCUUAUACGUGA